UGAAAUUCAGCCGACAUUUCGAGCUUAUAAGCCCAAUACGUUGACAACCCAAAUAGUUAGUUGAAAUUCGGAUCUCAGUCCGACCCGCCAAUUUGAAAGGACGAUAGAGCUUCUUCUUCUACGGUCUAAUCCAUAACCACCACAUCUCUACGACGGCCACCCAGUUCCUUUCUCCGGAAAAAUCACUCCGAAAUAGAACUGCUGUGUUAGAAUGGGAGCUUCUUCUCUACAAUUUCACUUCUUCAGUUGCGAUAUUUUGCUAAAGGGUAUAAACUCAACCCACUUAUCUGAAAAGGUUGGCAUGAGAUGCUCCUUUUUGACUAUUUUUUUAUACAGAUUAUUGCUCAGUGUCUAAGAUUGCACUAUCAUAUGCAGUUAAAUCUAACCUUUGCUCUUAAACAUUCCCAGAAACAGGGUGAACUUUCUUUUACUAUCUCUGAUGCUGCUGAUCACACGAAA